UACUGGGACUUCACGAUGCUGCUCUUCAUGGUGGGCAACCUGAUCAUCAUUCCCGUGGGCAUUACCUUCUUCAAGGAGGAGACCACAGCGCCCUGGAUUGUGUUCAAUGUGGUCUCUGACACCUUCUUCCUGAUGGACCUGGUGCUGAACUUCCGGACGGGGAUUGUCAUUGAGGACAACACGGAAAUCAUCCUGGACCCUGAGAGGAUCAAGAAGAAGUACCUCAAGACCUGGUUUGUGGUGGACUUUGUCUCCUCCAUCCCCGUGGACUACGUCUUCCUCAUUGUGGAGAAGGGCAUAGACUCGGAGGUGUACAAGACGGCCCGUGCCCUCCGCAUUGUCCGCUUCACCAAGAUCCUCAGCCUCCUGCGGCUCCUCCGUCUCUCCCGGCUCAUCCGCUACAUCCACCAGUGGGAGGAGAUCUUCCACAUGACCUAUGACCUGGCCAGCGCGGUGAUGAGGAUCAUCAACCUCAUCGGCAUGAUGCUGCUGCUCUGCCACUGGGACGGCUGCCUCCAGUUCCUCGUGCCCAUGCUGCAGGAUUUCCCCCAGAACUGCUGGGUCUCCAUCAAUGGGAUGGUGAAUGACUCCUGGAGCGAGCUGUACUCCUUUGCCCUCUUCAAGUCAAUGAGCCACAUGCUCUGCAUCGGCUAUGGGAAGCAGGCACCCGAGAGCAUGACGGACAUCUGGCUGACGAUGCUGAGCAUGAUUGUGGGGGCCACCUGCUACGCCAUGUUCAUCGGCCACGCCACCGCCCUCAUCCAGUCACUGGACUCCUCCCGGCGCCAGUACCAGGAGAAGUACAAGCAGGUGGAGCAGUACAUGUCCUUCCACAAGCUGCCCGCCGACUUCCGCCAGAAGAUCCACGACUACUACGAGCACCGCUACCAGGGCAAGAUGUUCGACGAGGACAGCAUCCUGGGGGAGCUCAACGAGCCCCUGCGUGAGGAAAUCGUGAACUUCAACUGCCGCAAGCUGGUGGCCUCGAUGCCGCUGUUUGCUAACGCGGACCCCAACUUCGUCACGGCGAUGCUCACUAAGCUGAAGUUUGAGGUGUUUCAGCCGGGCGACUACAUCAUCCGCGAGGGCACCAUCGGCAAGAAGAUGUACUUCAUCCAGCACGGGGUGGUCAGCAUCCUCACCAAGGGCAACAAGGAGAUGAAACUCUCCGAUGGCUCCUACUUCGGAGAAAUCUGCCUGCUGACCCGCGGCCGGCGCACGGCCAGUGUCCGGGCAGACCCCUACUGCCGCCUCUACUCGCUCUCGGUGGACAACUUCAACGAGGUGCUGGAGGAGUACCCCAUGACCUCCCCUGCCCCCCCCACCCGCCUCGACCGCAUCGGGAAGAAGAACUCGAUCCUGCUCCACAAAGUGCAGCACGACCUCAACUCGGGCGUCUUCAACAACCAGGAGAAUGAGAUCAUCCAGGAGAUUGUCAAGUACGACCGGGAGAUGGUGCAGCAGGCGGAGCUGCAGCAGCACACGGCCAUGUACAGCCCCGUCCAGCCCCAGGUCACCUCCGCCAUCGCCACCCUCCAGCAAGCCGUCGCCAUGAGCUUCUGCCCACAGAUGGCCAGCCCGCUGGUGGGCUCCAUGGGCCUGGGCUCGCCCCACAUGAUGCGUCGCCUGCAGUAUGCCCAGGCUGUGCCCAGCCCCUUCGCCGUCUCCCCCGUCUUGCUGCAGCAGAGCCCCCUGCAGCAGCCGCAGCCCCCUGUGCCCCAUGCCAACCCCUCGCCCUCGCAGGACCAGGCGCAGCCUGUGGCCCUGCCCGCCUCCACCAGCGCCUUUGCCACAGCCAGCCCGCCGUCCCAAAGCCCCCUGGCCAGCCGGACGUUUGCCUACGGAGGUGCCCCGGGGCAGCUGGGCUCCCAGCUCUCCCUCCGCCCCCAGGAGGUCGCGGGCUCGCCCCGGCUCGUGGCCGCCCACAAAAGCACACAGGCGCUGCACACCAGCAGCCUCAGCCAGGAUUCGCGGCCGCUGUCGGCCUCACAGCCCUCCCUGCCCCACGGGCUGGUGGCCGGCAGCACCCAGAGCCCUCCAGCCUCGGCCCGCGAGUCCUGCGCCUCCAUCGGCGGGGGCCCAGCCGCUGCCUCGCCGGGCCCCGGCCCCCCGUCCGGGCUGCGGAGCCAGGUGCCCUCACGGGGGGCUCCGGCCCACCCGGCAUCCACGGGCUCAGUGCACACAGGGCCGCCUGCCCUGCCGCAGGACUCGGCGGCAGCCCGCAAGGAUUCGGCGGCCAGCACGCCCGACACGGACCCAGCCAAGUCCAGGCUGUCUUCCAACUUGUGACCUCCGCGCCACGCCGGGCGCGGGGACAAGUGCACGGGAGGGGGCUGCAGCAGUGAGUCCUGUCUCGCCCCGUGCCCAUCCUGCACCGCCCUGCCGAGGAGCACUGGGUGAGGGCCGUGGCUGCCCCACCAGCUGCCUCCUCCCACCGCGGCCCCAGCCCCACUCCCCGGCUUCCUCCCGCCGCACGCUGCAGAGUGGGGUAGCUGCCGGGGG